UGGCUCUGUCCUCUCAGGAAGCCACUGCGGGAGCGAGGGCGGUGCCCGAGGGGUCUGCUAGCCCGCACAGCUGGAGCACAGCUGGAGCACAGCUGGAGCACAGCUGCACACACCUGGAGCACAUCUGGAGUAGCGAGGGCUCCCCCGGCGCGCUCGGGCAGCAGCAGCGGUGCCGGACGGGGCUGAGCCGAGCUGAGCUGAGGUGAGCUGAGCGCUCGGAGCCUUUGGCAGCUCCCGCGGCGUUUGGCAGCGGCUGGAGGAAGGAGCGGAGCAAGGAGGCGUUGGGGUGUGAGCUGGCCGUGAGUCACCGCACAGACAACACGGACACACGGACACACAAACGCAGCCCGGUGCUGCCCGCAGGUGCCGGGCACAGCGGCGGGGCAGGGCGGUGCGUCCCGGGAUGGCACGGACAGUUUUCAGGUUGCUCUCCAUGAGCGUGGCUGUGCUGCUGCUCCUGCUGCUGGUUCUGGGGCUGCAGGAGGCUGCAGAGCGCAGGAGGAACAGGAACAGAUGUUUCUUCAACCGCACCCAGGAGUUCUGUAUGUGCUACAACCUGUCUGAGGAGACAGCUGGGAGCAUCAUCCAGUGCCUGGCAGCUACUGUGGUGGAGUUUUGGGGUGGAGAUGUGGAGAAAUACACAGACUUCCCCAUCAGGGACCUGGACGACUCCACCAUUGAGACUCUGGGCUCCCUUAUCGUCGAGAAAAUCAUCAUUGGAAAUGUGCUGGUGCCUGAGGUGCUCCUGGCCCGUGUGCUGAGGUUCUUCUCCUACACCCACGUGCAGGAGCUGGCCUUUGACAGCUGCAUUUUCCAGGGCACGGGGGACUGGAGUGACAUGGAGGGGCAGAGCUUGCCCAUCCUGUCCCUGAGCUUCCACAACGUGAGCUCUGCCCCUCUGACCGGCCAUGAGCCGGCCUUCUCCAGCCUGGGCAGGUGGCUGGGGACGCUGCAGGAGCUGGCUGUCACCAGCUCCCGUGUCACCAGCCUGCCCUGUGCCAUCGGGAGGCUGCUCAGGGCCCUGCACUCCCUGAGCCUGGCACACAACAGCCUCGGGGACGGAAGCCUGGCCCCUGCCUUCUGCCAGGGAGCUUUCCCUCAGCUCCAGCAGCUGAGCCUGCACCACAACAACCUGAGCUCCUACCAUGGUGUGUGUGAGGGCGUGGGGCUGCUGCCACAGCUCCAGCACCUGGAUCUCAGCCACAACGAGCUCAGGGCAGAGCCAUCCUCCUCCUGCCAGUGGCCACCAUCCCUCCAGCACUUCAACUUGUCCUACACUGGCUUGGCUGAAGUGCCAGUCCCGCUGCCUCGCCACCUCCAGGUGCUGGACAUGAGCCACAACCACCUCCACGCUGUCGACAUCUCCCUCAGCUCCAUGAGGAAACUCUUCCUGAACCAAAACCUGCUGCAGGCCGUGCCCUCCAUCAGGAAUUGCCCCGUGCUGGACACCCUCCACUUGGACAACAACUCCAUUUCAGAGCUGCCCAGGGCUGAGGUGAAGCUGCUGGGGCGCCUGCAGGACGUGGCUGUGGCUGGGAACCCCUUCAGCUGCUCCUGCUCGGGGGCCGGCAGCCUGCAGGCCUUGGCAGCCAUGGGGCACCUGGGGCUGGGCUGGCCUGGGGACUACAGGUGCCACUCCCCAGAGCAGUACCAGGGCUGGCAGGUGGCACAGGUGCCCGUGUCCGUGAUGCACUGUGACCCUGCUGCUGUGGUGGCCCCGCUCUGUGUGGCCCUGGCCCUGCUGGCCGGGGCUGGGGCUGUGUAUGUGGCCAGGACAAGGCCCUGCCGCAGAGCCUGAGGGGCACCGGGACCCUGCACGGCAGUGCUGUGCCCACAGGGCUCAUGGGCACCCACAGCUCCUGUUCUGCUCUUGUGCCCACAGGGCUGCUGGGCACCCCACAGCUCCCAUUCUGUCCUUUUUGUGCCCACAGGGCUCCUGGGCACCCACAGCUCCUGUUCUGCCCUUGCUGUGCCCACAGGGGCUCCUGGGCACCCCACAGCUUCUGUUCUGCUCUUGUACCCACAGGGCUCCUGGGCAACCAUAGCUCCUGUUCUGCUCUUGUGCCCACAGGGCUCCUGGGCACCCCACAGCUCCUGUUCUGCUCUUGUGCCCACAGGGCUCCUGGGCACCCCACAGCUCCUGUUCUGUCCUUUUUGUGCCCACAGGGGCUCCUGGGCACCCCACAGCUCCUGUUCUGCCCUUGCUGUGCCCACAGGGGCUCCCUGGUGGAGGAGGGCUGUCCACAGGGUUUUCCUGCUGUGCCUCUAUCAUAGCAGAGAGCCCCUGAAUGAUGGGGAAUAAUGAGCAUUGACUCCAUGAUUGCAGAAGGCUGAUCAAUCACUUUAUUCUACUGCAUUAAACUAUACUAUUAAGAAAAACCCCAUUGCCCUUGCAGACAGUCUGAUACAGCUUUGGCCUAACUGGUCAAUUAAUCCAAACACCAUCAGUGCCCAAUUAAGGAUUGGUAAACAAUUUUUGUUUACAAAUUUUUUACCAAACAAUUAAGGAUUGGUAAACAAUCUCCAUAACACGUUCCACAUGUGCACAACAACAGGUGCAGCAAGUGGAGAUAAGAAUUGUUUCUCAUUCUUUUCUCUGAGCUUUCUCACAGCUUCCCAGGGAAAUCCUGAGAGAGCUGUGUCUGUCUCUGUUCACAGGAUAUGUGAUCAGCACAUGCCUGUGCCCAGCAGGUCCUGGGGCACCCCUCACUCCAGCCCUGUGCCUUCUCCCACUGGGGAUGUCCCCGUGGCCAGGUGCAGCCCCCCAAGCCCUGCUGUCCCUGUCCUGUCACCUGUCCUGGACAAGCUCAGCUCCAUCAGGUCCCUCUGGCAGCACUCAGGUGUCCCCAGCCUUGCUGGGCCCUGCUGGUGCCCCCCCAGAGCCCCCCACUCCUUUCAGCCCCUCCAGUCCAGGCAUCCUUGGAGCCUCCUGUGCUGAUCCUCCCUCUCCUCACCCUGGAUUGUCAGGUUGAGCAGGAUGCUGCUUGAGAGAAAAACCAAAAACCCAUGAAAACCAGGAAAACGGCAAAAUUAAACACCCUGCACACAAA